AUGUUGACUCAGGCCCUAUCCCGGGCAGGGCAGCCUAGAGACCCGUCCUUGGGAUACGCAGACCAAGCAAAAAGAAUUGGGGCCAUAGAUUUUGAUGGUACUGGCGACCCAGCAGUGGCCGAAGGGUGGAUAGAGAGGAUGGAACGGAUCAUGGAAGUGAUGGCCGUUCCACAGGAUCGCAGAGUACUUUUGGCCAGUUUCUUUUUGAUCGGAAAUGCUAGACACUGGUGGGAGUCAAUUAAAAGGAGAUAUCCAGAUCCGUCAGUCAUUUCAUGGCCAGUUUUUCGAGCUGUUUUUAACAGCCAAUAUUAUCCACAAGCGUACCAGAAUUUGAAGAUGCAGGAAUUUUUGCAGUUGGACCAGGGGUUGAUGACAGUACUGGAGUACGAGAAGAAGUUUAAUGAGUUAUCAAAGUACUGUAUUCCACUGGUAGAGGAUGAAAGCAAAAAGUGUCAAUUGUUCACUAAAGGAUUGAAAGCCUCUAUCAGGGACAUUGUAAUUAGUCAACGGCUGACGAACUUUGGAGACUUGGUGAUGUCAGCUUCGCUGGUAGAGAGUAGUCAGAUGAUGGUCAGGGCACAAGGUGAACCUCGGAGACGAUUAUUUGAUUUAGGUGGUCCCAGUCAGGGGUCAUCCAAGAGAGGCAGUUACAGUGCUGGAUCAUCUAGGGGUCGUAGUUUUGGAGGUUUUCGACCAGGAAUUAGUUCCAGUGGAGGCUCAAACCGGAGUGGUAGUUUUGGAAGCCGUUUGGUGGGCAAUGCAGUUAGAGGUUCUGGGAGACAAUCACCCUCAGCAGUUGGGGGGAGGAGGAAUCCACAGUGUACUGUGUGUGGCAGAUAUCAUACCGGAACCUGUCGGCAAGGAACCACAGGAUGUUUCCAUUGUGGUCAGCCUGGACAUUUCUUGCGAGAGUGCCCAGUAUUACUUCAGGGUGGAGAAGCGACUGUUACAAUGCCUACAGAGAUAGGCACAGAGGGCAAAACGCAGUUUAGAGGAGCCUCGUCCAGUGGUGGGAUCCAGACUAGUGUUGCAAGCCGAGGUGGCAGUCAGCAGCAGGGACGAGGUGGACGUGCUAGAGCCACAGGCAGGGUGUAUCACAUGUCCCAGCAGCAGGCACAGCCGUCGCCAGAUGUGGUGACAGGUAUGUUAUCAGUCUUUGGAACUCCUGCUAGAGUUUUGAUUGAUUCUGGGGCUACGCACUCAUUUGUUACGCCUAGUGUUGCCCGCAACGCUGAUGUCAGACAGUCAGCCCUACGGGAUGAAUUAGCAAUCUCUGUACCGACAGGAGAGAUCUUUUAUGUAGGUACGGUAUAUAGUGAUAGUGCAAUAUUAGUAAGGGAUGUGUGUUUAGAAGCAGAUUUGAUUCCACUAGAAAUGGUGGGCUUGGAUGUUAUAUUGGGCAUGGAUUGGCUAGUUAAGCACCAUGCCGCAGUAGAUUGCUUCCGGAAAGAAGUUAUACUUCGUAGCCUUGGACGCCCUGAAGUGACAUUUUAUGGUGAGCGUAGAGUGCUCCCAUCUAGCCUCAUUUCAGUGAUGAUGGCAACGAGAUUGCUCAGAAAAGGGUGCUCAGGAUAUGUAGCUUAUAUAGUGGAUAGUAGGACUCAGGAGUUAAAGUUUGAGGAUAUACCAGUAGUUCGGGAUUUUCCAGAUGUAUUCCCGGAUGAUCUUCCUGGGUUACCUUCCCAUCGGGAGAUCGAGUUCACUAUUGAACUCAUGCCAGGAACAAGCCCUAUAUCACAGGCACCUUACAGGAUGGCACCUGCGGAACUAAAGGAGUUGAAGGUGCAGCUGCAGGAGUUAGUAGACAAGGGCUUCAUCCGACCUAGUUUUUCUCCUUGGGGUGCCCCAGUAUUGUUUGUGAAGAAAAAGGAUGGUACCAUGAGGUUAUGUGUCGAUUACAGGCAACUGAAUAAAGUCACAGUGAGGAAUAAGUAUCCGCUACCCCGUAUUGAUGAUUUAUUUGAUCAGUUGAGGGGUGCUAAGGUAUUUUCCAAGAUUGAUUUGAGAUCGGGGUACCAUCAGUUACGGAUCAAAGAAAAAGAUGUACCUAAGACAGCUUUCCGCACCAGGUAUGGGCAUUAUGAGUUUUUAGUAAUGCCAUUCGGAUUGACGAAUGCCCCAGCUGCGUUUAUGGAUUUGAUGAACAGAGUGUUCCGACGUUAUUUGGAUCGCUUUGUCAUUGUAUUCAUAGAUGAUAUUCUGGUGUACUCCAAGAGUCGGAAGGCGCAUAUGAAGCAUUUAGAACUGGUACUGAAGACGCUGAGGAGGAAGAAAUUGUUUGCUAAGUUCAGUAAGUGCCAGUUCUGGCUAGAUAGAGUAAAUUUCUUAGGGCAUGUUAUUUCUGCAGACGGUGUUUAUGUUGAUCCUCAGAAGGUUGAGGCAGUAGUAAAUUGGCCGCAGCCAACCAGUGUUACAGAGGUACGGAACGAAAAAAAGUGA